CUUGAUUCUAUUUCAACUGACCCUCUACGGAGCAUCUUACCUCUAAAAAUAAAAAUGAUUGUUGUGCCCACUGUUUGAACAUUAUUAUUGGGAAACAACACUUCCCUCAUUUCUCUUCCCAUUUUUAAUCCAAUCUAUGUCACAUGAGUUUUUUAUUCUCUCUUCAUUGGCUUGGGUUGGUUUAAAUUCUUUGACCUUUAUCUGUCCGCCCGCCUGCCUCGAAGGGUUGGUUGGGUUGGGUGUGAUCUCGCUCUCCGCCAACCAGGCUGCAGGCAAAAUCCAACUAUAAGGAUGAGAUGUAGUCAGGUAGAGGAACUUGGGAGAGGGGGAUUGAAUAAAGAGCAGAAAAGGAAACAGACAGACAGACAGACAGACAAAGAAGAAGGAGUGAAAAACAGAAGAAAGAGGAAGAGGAUUGAUUAUCAGAUCACUGAUACGAUAUUGAUAUGUACGGGUGUGACGGGAUGCGAUGCAUUGAUCUACCGUGCAUAUUCUAUGUCAAGCCCCCAGCCUUGCCAAAAUCUACAUGACAUGACAUGCAGGGAAAGGAGAAGGAUAACCGGGUCUACAGGGUUGAAAGAAAAGAGAGUUGUCGGUAUUUGCUGAUAUCAACACCGUUGAUGUGGCAGAUCCAGGACAAAGUUUAGCUGUUUCUUUUCUUUUAUUUUGGUGCUACAUUACAUUUGAUAGAUACAACUGCUGGUUGAGUGCACUUUUUACCUACAUCACUCUCAGUGUUCAUCAUUUCAUCAUAGACAUAAGAUGAUGAAAGCCAUUCAUUUUCUUCUCUUCUUUCUCUAUUCCUUCGUCUGCUGCUCUUCAUAAUCUAUCUCACUGUUUCCAACCACAGGUUGGCGUCGCAUCCAACCCAAGAUUCACCCGCACUCGCAGCCUACAGAAUGCAUAAUGCAGCGCAAUUCUUUACAUCAACACCCUUAACCCAAGGGUUUUACCCGCCUUCCUCCUUCUCUUACUCCACACAUCAGGAUACCAAGCAUAGCGAAAGGAAAAAGAAAAAAGAAAAAGAAAAGGAGGGCGGGGGUUGAUUAGGGUUGGAUUAACCUUAUUGUUUUCGCCUUUCCCGUACUCAACUUCCCUUCCCGCCCGCAGACCCUGCAGCCUGCUUUUCAUUGUUUUGUUUUCUCACCUGUGGCCUACCCUGCAUACGUGACAGAUAUAAUAACAGUUGCCCGCGUACGCACAGGUGACCAGUGGGGAUGGAGAGGGCUUUGAAUCAAUAAUGAAAAUGAAUGAGGGAGUGUGAAACCGGGGGACGGGGACAGAGGCAGAGCAAUGAGGAUUGAGGGACUGAUGCUGUUGUGCAGGUAUGCAUGUACCCCGGAUUGCAGAUGCUGUGCGUGAUACGCGUUUCAUUAUUCCAGACGAGCAGGAUGCAGGGACUUGGGGUUGGUUUUUCUCAUUUGAGGUGUAAAUACACUACAUACCAUACAUGACUACAAUUUGUAUGUUAUAGUUAGUUGUCUUUCAUUUCACCGGUUUCAUUUUGUGUGUACGGACUACUGGUAUAAGGGAUAUGUGGUUAUGCGUUUGUUGUAGGAGUGGUUCUCUAGAAUCGCGAAAGUCCUGCUAUGGGAGAUGAUUUGUUUUGAUAUGUACACUGUACGUUGGGCCGCGUAAUAAGAGGCCAAGUUUAUAACUUCAUAAAGAGGAUGGUUAUAUAGCUAUGUCUAACUAAGCGUUUUGG